CCACCGUACCCCCAUCACUCCCUUGCCUACCUUAGCUUCAACCUUUGAGCACUGUCUGCUGCUGAACUUUUUCUUCCAUAAUGGCGAUGCCUUACACUGACAGUCCACGGCAUUCCCACGCUGACCUACAGGAUUAUUACGAUAGCGUACCACCACCGCACCGCCUCUCUGGCAUGAACACUCCUUCAUCUUUUUCUACACAAGAUAUACCACUCGUUCCUCAAAGUCCCAGUGGACACGCUACACGUUCAUAUGGCGCCCCUUUGGCGUCACAGCCCAGUGCAAUGGAUUCAACAACCGACAUGACAACCGGUUACAGGGAUUAUGAUCAUGGGUAUUCCGAUCACGAUCAUAUAACGCCAAACGAUACUUGGAUGGAGAAGGGGACCUCCACCGGUAGCAGCAAGAAGAAAUGGGUUGUUAUUGGAGGACUUCUUGGACUUCUAGCCUUGAUCGCAGUUGGUGUUGCCCUGGGCGUCACGCUGUCCAAGAAGAGCUCGAGUUCUAGUUCAAGCAGCAGCUCCAAAUCUUCGAGCUCCGACCCUAGUAAUUUCUCAAAAGAUGCCAAUCUCAAGCAAUCGUUCUAUGGUAUCGCCUAUACCCCUGCUGGUUCGCAGUUACCCGACUGCGGUAACUCGCUUGAUGAUGUGAUUUCGGACAUUCAGCUAAUGUCCCAGUUGACGACGCGUGUCCGUCUUUAUGGUGCCGAUUGCAACCAAUCGGCAUUGGUGCUGGAAGCUAUAGAACAGACAAAAGUCAACAUGACGGUCUUUCUGGCCAACUAUCCCGUUUCAACCGAUAACGAUACGGCGUACGAUCGUCAAAAAGCACUUAUCAAGUCGGCGAUACAGACUUACGGGACAGACCACAUUGGUGGAGUCACCGUUGGUAACGAGUACAUUUUGAAUUAUCUUAAUGCUAAUGGUGCCACUGAUCCUAAUGGCGCUGUUGGAAACAAAGGCGGUGAAUUGCUGAUUGCCAAUAUCAACGAUACACGGUCCAUGCUAAGCGACCUUGGAGCGGACUUGCCGGUCGGGACUGCUGAUGCCGGUAGUUAUUUUAAUGAUCUCGUGUUGGAGCAAGUGGACUACGGCAUGGCAAAUGUUCAUCCAUGGUUCGCCAAUGUCAGCAUCGAUCAAGCUGCGGGUUGGACUUGGGAGUUCUUUGAGACCAAUGACGUGAACCUGGCGUCCAGUCUAAGCAACACCCCGCAGAUGUAUGUCGCUGAAACUGGUUGGCCAACGGCGUCUUCUGACACGGCCGACGAAUCCAAUGGACCCUCAACGGCAUCUGUUGCAAACCUUCAGACUUUCCUCGAUACAUACAUCUGCGAAGCAAAUACUAAUGGAACUAAGUACUUCUUCUUUGAAUUCUUCGAUGAAAAGUGGAAGGACGAGGAAUACGGCGGCGUAGAGGGUUGGUGGGGCCUAUUCAAUGCCAAGUAAGCUUCGCAGCUCUAUUGUCAUUUGUCACAGUGCUCAGACAGCUUCUAGCCGAACGCUGAAAGCUGGAAUCACAAUACCCGACUGUGUUCUGUCGUAAAUAUGCUGUCGCUGGGUUUGCUGAUUUAUUAGGGAUCUGACGUUUAUUCUAAUAUAAGUAUCUCUGAUACCGUAUUGUAUACAUGGACCAUUCGAGGAUCUGGACUAUAUUUUCCCCUUUUCGCUUAUAUGAUUCGUUCCCUACUGUAUCCGUAGUGUUGUCUAUGUCCUCGUCUAGUACCAAUGCACUUGGACAUGGGGUUAUUGG